UGAUUUUAGUUGUUGUGAUGGAUAGGUUGUUAACAGUUGUGUAGCUAUAUUGUAGGACGGUAAAUAAAUACGCAAAGUGCUUCAUGCUUGUAAUUAAACUCCGUGGUAAAUUCACUUUGUUCUGUGUCCAGUUUCGUCGUCAGGCCAGGUGUUUUUCUGGCGACAAAGGUUGUCGAUGAAAAAUCAUUUACCAAACAUUUCGAUUCAUAGAUAAACCGACAGUGAUAAGCACCUUUACUACCAUAUAUGGUUAUGCUUAAACGUGACAGUGUCGAUACAGUCAUCAACAUCAUAAUUACAGAGGGGGUUCUCGGUGUUAAAUUGCGUGCGGUCUCGUUGAAUCCUUGUCUUAUGUUCUGUGCCUUCUAAUUGAACUCGAACGAAUGCGAAAGUAUUUGAAGCAAUCGUUACCGAUCCCAUUUAGUAUAUUUCAUCGACAGGGUGUCACUCAAACGUUCAGCAAUCAGUUCGAACGGGCGCUGAUUCAUAGAAACAUUUCUCGGGUGUUGGAAUAAUGGCAUCAAUCGAAACCCUCCCGGCGGAUGUCCUGUUGCAUGUUUUUGGUUACUUGGACGGUAAAUCGUUGAAGAACGCGGCUCUGGUUUGUAGAUUUUGGAAUGACGUCAUAUCUGGAUCGUCUAUAAUUACAAAGAAUUUUGCGUUGAACUUAAGCGACGCCACGCAUUCGACUGAUUCGAGCGAUCAACGGUAUGUUAAUGAAACGUGGACCGACAACGCUAUUGAGUUACUACUACAGAUCGCGGGAAGACAUGGCAGUUCGGUACGUAGACUGGUGUUGCAGAAUGGUGAAUUUGAAAAUCCCGAUGACUUUUGCAGUAUCUUCCGUUGCAUGCCUUUGUUGAAUGAGCUAAUAAUAGUUCGAGUGAAAGUCAACGUAAGGGACGAUUUCGUCAACGAAAACCGAUCUAUGCUCAGUGAAUUGAACAAGUUAACGGUACACACCUGCAACUGGAACAUUUUCAAAUUAUUCAUGGCAUCGCCCGUUAAGGAACUUCUGAUCGCCAAUAAAUUCACGUUCGUGGACGAUCAACAACGCGCGGCGUACAUGAACUUCCUGGCAGCAGCCACCGAACUGGAAUCCAUUGAAUUCGAUUAUGCAGCCUUUGGGAAAACGUUUCGCAACGAAGUGGACGGUAACACUUCACUGAAACUGCAGAGACUGAAAUAUUUAUCGUUUUCACCGGUGUUUGAGGACGACAUAAACAGAAAUUUCGGAUUAUUUCUGGAGUCACAGGCUGCGUUGCUAACCGAACUGGAUUUGAAUUAUACUUCGUCGGACAUCGUCAAAAUCAUUUUUACGAAACUGAAACAUUUGGCAAAGUUACGACUGAACGCAGUGGUACUUCCUACCGACACGGCUUUCUACGGUUCGUUUCGGUCAAUGUUGCAUCUAAAACACCUCAACCUCCAUGACGAUAUACCAUCUGAUGUGUGCGUUAAAGAGAUUUUGAUGAACUGUGGUAAUCUUGAAACACUAAGCGUGAUGCACGACCCGGGCCUGUAUGUCUCCAAUCUCCAUACAUUCAUGGCAGCUAAUACUCCGAUGUUGAAAAGUUUAUCGCUGAAUGCUUUACCGGCAGAGAUUUCUCCGGAAGCGAAGUUUAAUCAUCUCAAGUUUCUCCAUAUUAAUGCGUGUCCGAGCUACCACAACUUAAUCAAGUUCCUCGAUAACAACGACACCGUUGAAACGCUCAGUAUGACUUUAAAUACCGAAACUGUGCCAGACGAUACAAUCUUGUUGGCUCUACUGAAUCGACCUAAUUUAGCGCAUUUGAUCGUCACAACGGUCUUCAGUGAAUUGAACGCAAUUUACGGGAAAAUCAAACUCGAUUACCAGAAAUUGAAAUCGUUGGAACUGCGAAUGGCGGGCACUGAUGAUUAUGUUUUGAUUCGAUUUCCCAACGACAAAUCGAAGUGGCAACCGAAACAACUGAAGAUGCUUUUCGAAAAUCAAAGAAUGAAGCUCGUUUUGGUAUAAGUUGUCGCAGACAUACGGUAUGCUUAAAACUUUAUGUAUUAUGGAAGGGAACACUACCUCAUUCUCAGUAUUGUGCUUUAGAUUAGUAAGUUGUAGUUGUAGAGGAGUACGGCGCGACAUUAAAAUAAAAUCUAACUAUCAA